AGCGGGUCCCGGGCGGGCCGCGGGACCCACCGGAGGAGAGGGGUGUCGCCUGGGAGCCUCCUCGCCGGGACUCUCGGAGGCCUGAUGGCGUAAGAAGGAUUGGCUGUGAAUGUAUGACGUUGAGUGCUUCAGAUCUGGUCACUAUGGGACGAGAACGGAUAUGCAUAUUGUGCCACAUUGUGUACAGCUCCAAAAAGGAGAUGGACGAACACAUGCGGAGCAUGUUGCACCACAGGGAACUUGAGAACCUGAAGGGCAGGGACAGUAGUCAUGAGUGCCGAGUGUGCGGGGUCACAGAAGUGGGCCUUUCUGCCUAUGCAAAGCACAUUUCUGGCCAGUUGCACAAAGAAAAGGUUAAUGCCCAGGCAAGAGAAGAUGAAGGAAAGGGAGAGGAAGAAGAAGAAGAUUAUUUUGACAAGGAACUGCGUCAGUUAAUAAAACAAAGGAAAGAACAAAGUCGACAAAAUGAAUCUUCAAAAAGCAGCCAAGAAAUAAAGUCAGAUGACAGGCAACCCCAAUGGAGACGAGAAGACCGAAUCCCUUAUCAAGACAGAGAGAAUUAUGGUCAAUCAGCCAGGCAUCAUCGUGGGCCUCCACAGCGGGACUGGAAAUGGGAAAAUGAUGGCUUUAGUAAUAGGAAAAAUAACUUUUCACAUUCUUUGAGGAACACCGGUGGGCCAAGAGGAAGUCCUGGGUGGCAUAAUGGUAUUGCAAGAGGCUCCUCAGGCUGGUUUCACAACCACAAUUCUGGCAGUGGUUGGCAUCCGAAUAGUGGGAUGGCAGACUGGAAUUAUAAUGCUACAGGAAGGAAUUCCAAUUGGCAUUCUGAAGGAACAGGUGGAUUUCCCAAUUGGCAUAUGAACAACAACAACGGAAACUGGAAAUCCAAUGUACGUAGUGCAAAUAGCUGGAAUUACAAUGGCCCGGGAGACAAAUUCCAACAAGGCCGAAGCAGAAACUCGAACUAUCAAAUGGAAGACACAUCUGUGCCAUGGAACAAGAAAUUGAAUAAGCCCGGCAAGUACAAUCCAGAACGGUAUAAAUGGCAGUGGCAGGAGAAAGACAAGGCCAGCACAUACAGAGGUCCUUCUGAAGGAUUUGCAAGCAAUACGUUUCCCUCAGAAGGUUUGCUUGAAUUCAAUUUCGAGCCAUCAGAAAGCCAAAAUACUAAACAAACAGACCCCCCAGCUUCCAAAAUGAAUGGCAAGAAUGGCAAGAAUGGCAAUGGAACAAGGGAAAAGUUCCGCCGUUGGACUCCCUACCCUUCCCAGAAAAAUCUGGAUUUACUGUCUGGAUUGAAAGAAAUCACUAGCAACAAGUCAGAAAUGAUAGAUAAACCUCUUUUUAAUUUUAGCUUGAUAACUGCAGGAUCACAAGAGCCUCAAACAGAUGAAACAAAUAAUUCCCCAAUGCUAAAAACACAAAAAGAAAUACAUUCUGGGCUUGUUAAUAACAAAGCCAUUCCUGAGGGUACUGCUUCCUGUGAGGGGAGGGACGGCCCCCAUACAAGACAGCCAGAACCACAGCGUAACUCAGAGAAGAAAGCACCCCUGAAGUCCCCUCUCCUCCCACUUCCCGACACGAAAGCUGGUCCUCAAAAACAGGAUUCAAAGAACCCCUCAAAACCCACCAAAGCCCAUUCUCAGAUUCCUGAGGAACAUUCGAAUCCCUUGAACAAACCCACUUCAGAAGACAACCAUGGCUCUUCUUAUGGCUCCAAGUUGCGUAGUCCUUGUCCUCGAGGUUUAAAAGGGAACAAAACUACAUCUGGCACUCCAAAGGAACCUGAGGAGAAUCUACGUGACACAUCAGAGAAAGUCCUCCAGGAAGGGCUACAGGGUCCCAAGACACUCCCCAGCUCUUCUACUAAAAGAACCAGGAGCCACAAGAAGGCAAGUAGGAAUGUGGAAGAGUCUGAAAAGGGAUCAGUGAAGGUUGACUUUCCAGUACCCGCAUUCGAAGAUGAAAGCGAUGGAGAGGCAUCAGACGUGGAAAAGUGUGAACCCAAAACCAGGACCACCCUGGGUUCUGCAGCAACGGAAGCUUUGUCCUGUAGCACUCACCCUGCUGAUGAGAAAGGAGAUGAGCAGAGCCUGAAAAUGUGCAGGAAGCCUUCCACCUCCCCAAGCAAUCCCACACUUCUCCAGAAAGAAUCCGACUUGCAAGUGGCACCCAUAGCCAGUCCACACACUGGUCUACUGCUAGACUCAAAAACUGCUCCAGAAGACACACAGGGCGACGAUCCCGCGAAGUCACACCCACUCUUGGAAACAGAGAGCUUUGAGAAUACUGGUCUGGAUGCAGAGCUUCAAAAAAACGACAGUAGUCAGACCUCAGGCCCUCUUCUGCCUGAACUAAGCAAGCUAGGCUUUCCAGCCUCACUCCAGAGGGAUCUAACUCGCCACAUUAGUUUGAAGAGCAAAAGUGGAGCCCACCUGCCCGAGCCAAACCUCAAUAGUGCCCGACGCAUUCGCAACAUCAGUGGCCACCGGAAGAGCGAAACAGAGAAGGAAUCUGGGCUCAAGCCGACCCUGCGACAAAUUCUAAAUGCGUCUCGGAGAAAUGUCAACUGGGAACAGGUCAUUCAGCAAGUAACCAAGAAAAAGCAAGAGCUAGGCAAAGGCUUACCCAGGUUUGGCAUUGAAAUGGUCCCUCUGGUUCAAAAUGAGCAAGAGGUCUUGGAUUUAGAUGAGGAUCCUGAUCUGUCCAGUCUAGAAGGAUUCCACUGGGAAGGUGUUUCCAUUUGCUCAUCCCCUGGGUUGGCAAGAAAGCGAAGCCUUUCUGAGAGCAGCGUGGUCAUGGAUAGGGCUCCUUCUGUGUAUAGCUUCUUUAACGAGGAAGGUACUGGUGAAGAAAAAGAGCCUCAGCACGUUGUUGCUGCACAGAGUCAGAAAGCGACCCUGUGCCUUAAACAGGAAGUGGUCCCUCUGGCCGCCUCCCUCAGAGCAAGUGAAAGGGCUGAGAACAUUGGCUCCCAAAGGCAACACAGUACCCAGCUACCCGCUGACCCUGUAAUGCCAUUGGUGCAUUUGGCCAAAGACUUGGCCAGCCAGCAGAAGUCUACACCCUUGUCAGAGCAACAGAAUGCCCAGGAGAAUAAUGGAGAAGGAAACUCUCUGUCGUCAAAUGCAGCCUCAGCCCUUGCCAUCUCCACCUUAGCAGAUGCAGCCACAGACAGUAGCUGUACCUCUGGCACCGAGCAAAAUGACAGCCAGAGUGUUAGGAAGAAACGAAGAGCCACUGGGGAUGGAUCUUCUCCUGAACUCCCAAGUCUUGAAAGAAAAAAUAAAAGAAGGAAAAUUAAAGGAAAGAAAGCAGAACGUUCUCAGGUUGACCAGCUGUUGAAUAUUUCCUUGAGAGAGGAAGAACUAAGCAAAUCACUUCAGUGCAUGGACAACAACCUUCUACAGGCCCGGGCAGCCCUGCAGACAGCGUAUGUGGAAGUUCAGAGGCUGCUCAUGCUCAAGCAGCAGAUAACUAUGGAGAUGAGUGCGCUGAGGACCCAUCGAAUACAAAUUCUACAGGGAUUACAAGAGACAUAUGAACCUUCUGAGCAGCCAGACCAGGUUCCCUGCAGCCUACCCCAAGAAGCAAGAAACAGAUCUCAGCCGGCCGCUGACAACACGCUGUUGCCUAAUCCCUUCUUCCCCCUUUUCCUGGAGGCAGCUCCUUCCCACGUGUCUCCAUCCUCCGCCAGAGCCCCUCUCCAGCUAGCCACGUCUACUUUCCAAGCUCAGGGCAGCAGCCCUACUCCAGAUUCAUCAGUUCAGAUUAAACAAGAGCCCAUGUCCCCCGAACAGGAGAGGAGUGCGAAUUCGGGGUCACAGGGCUCUGAUGUCAGUGUGUCCAAGGAAUCACUGCACACUCACGGAGAGCUGAAUGACAGUGGGCCGCUUUGUCCAGUCCUCCCUGCAGGGCAGAGCGUUUCAGAGCUGACAGAAAGUGGCCAUGAACCCGGCCAGGAUCUGAAACUUUCUGUGGGACACGGAUGUAGUAGAAGCCAAGAAAACUCUCCAUCUUCUCCGUCACCUGACCUUCCGAAUCUACAGAAAGGGGAAGCGUCAGGCAAGGGCCACUGUGGACCCGAAGCCUGUAGCAGCUCUUUACUGAGGUCAUCGUUGACUUCAGAAACCCCUGUGCAGAAGGAAGCCCACUGGGCAGCUGAGCAGGCGGAGUCCAGCCUGCCCUCCGCCGAGCCCAGGGGAAACAAGAAGAAGAAGAAACUUCGGAAGAAGAAAACACUCCGGGCUGCCCACGUUCCUGAGAACAGCGACACGGAGCAGGACGUGUCCACUGCUAAACCUGUAAGGAAAGUAAAAGCUGGGAAGUUCACUAAAGGGGGCAAAGUAACAACCUCUACCUGGGAAGACAGCAGACCUGAGCCCGACCAAGAGAGCGUGAGAGGUGAGCAAGAGAGUGACUCGUCUCUGGAGGUCCUAGAAGUGAUGAAUCCUCAGUUAGAAGUGGUGGCCAUUGAAUCGUCCGAGUCUGGAGAGGAGAAGCCCGACAGCCCAUCGAAAAAGGAUACUUGGAACUCAGCCGAGCAAAACCCACUGGAAACUUCUCGCUCUGGGUAUGAUGAAGUGAGCUCUACCAGUGAGAUUGGCACUCCCUACAAGGAUGGCACCCCAGUGAGUGUGGCAGAAACCCAGACUGUGAUCUCCUCCUUAAAAGGAUCAAAAAACUCUUCAGAAAUAUCUUCAGAGCCAGGUGAGGAUGAUGAGCCUACAGAAGGAAGCUUUGAGGGCCACCAAGCAGCAGUGAACGCAAUACAGAUAUUUGGAAACUUACUGUAUACCUGUUCAGCGGAUACAACCGUCCGGGUUUAUAACUUGGUGAGUCGGAAAUGCACUGGUGUCUUUGAGGGCCAUACUUCCAAAGUGAACUGCCUCCUGGCCACCCAGACCUCCGGGAAGAACGCGGCCCUUUACACCGGCUCCAGCGACCACACCAUCCGCUGCUAUAAUGCUAAGACUCGAGAGUGCAUGGAACAGUUGCAGCUGGAAGACCGGGUUCUCUGCCUUCAUAGCAGGUGGCGCGUCCUCUAUGCAGGCCUGGCAAAUGGCACUGUGGUCACCUUCAGCAUAAAGAACAACAAGCGCAUGGAGAUCUUUGAGUGCCACGGCCCCCGGGCGGUCAGCUGUCUAGCCACAGCUCAGGAAGGGGCCCGGAAGCUCCUGGUGGUGGGCUCUUACGACUGCACCAUUAGCGUGCGCGACGCACGCAACGGGCUGCUCCUGCGGACGCUGGAGGGCCACAGCAAGACCAUCCUGUGCAUGAAGGUGGUGAAUGACCUUGUGUUCAGCGGCUCUAGUGACCAGUCAGUCCACGCUCAUAAUAUCCACACUGGGGAGCUCGUGCGCAUCUACAAAGGCCACAACCACGCGGUGACCGUGGUCAACAUCCUGGGGAAGGUGAUGGUGACGGCCUGCCUGGACAAGUUCGUGCGAGUCUAUGAACUGCAGUCCCACGACCGGCUGCAAGUCUACGGGGGACACAAAGACAUGAUUAUGUGCAUGACCAUCCAUAAAAGCAUGAUUUACACUGGCUGUUACGAUGGUAGCAUUCAGGCUGUGAGGCUAAAUCUGAUGCAGAACUACCGCUGUUGGUGGCAUGGCUGCUCUCUGAUAUUUGGGGUAGUAGAUCACUUAAAACAACACUUGCUGACUGACCACACGAACCCGAACUUCCAGACUCUGAAAUGCCGCUGGAAGAACUGCGAUGCGUUUUUCACUGCUCGGAAAGGAUCCAAGCAGGACGCUGCUGGACACAUCGAACGGCAUGCUGACGAAGACAGCAAGAUCGAUUCAUGAAGCUUUUUGCCUCCCAUGUUGGGAUGUCACUAAUAGAACUUUUUCUCCUUGUGGCCUCUCCACACAGCCCACUCGCUCUCCUUCCCUGGGAAGCGGGGAGGUAGAGAGCCAGGCUUCCCGGCCAGCCAGAGCCUGGGGAGCUCUGUGGGGUCAGAGGUCACGUUCAAGUUCGCGCAGGAGGGUGCAGUGACAGUGAAACAGAUUGUAAGGAUAACCCUACGCCUCUGGGACACAGAGCGAUUCGUGCAACUCGCAUUUUUCCCCAUGUUUAUUAGAACUCUAGAUCUUAAUUGGUUACGUAGUUUGCCCCUAAUCAUAUUUUUGUUAGUUUUAGCUAGUGAUUUCUAUAGUUUAUGUUUCCUAUGACGCUUUCAAUCUACGAUAGUCAAGCUUUUAGUACACCUUUGUUCCGAUGCUACAUUUUCAGGAAUCCAGUUAUCAGAACUGGGUGUAUGCUUCCCUUUCUUAACAACUGUUUGUAGUGUGUUUCAAAUGUUCACUUCCUUUGUAAGUGGACGGCUGGCUUUCGGUGCGGCUGAGCGGACCCGGGCCCCGUCGGGACGGCUCCGGGCAGCAGCCGGACGGAUGUCUCCCUUUCCGUUCUGCUGAUGGGCCUGGGAGCUCCUUGCCACGGGCGCCCCCGUCCGUCCCCCCUUGAAGCAUUUUGCUUGGCUGCAUUGCCAGCCUGCCCCUCCCCUGCCCCCUGGCCGGAGCCGCGGCGGCCGGGGCGCCUUCUGCCCACCCGGGCACCCCGGGCCGCGGAGGUGGACGGAAGCAAGCGUCCUAGAGCCUUCUGGAAGCCAGCAGCUUUGUCUUCACCCACCUGCUGGCGAGGGAAGCAGGGUGACGGCCUGGAAGUAAAGAUGGCUAAAGGAAGUCCCCUGUGCUUCCGGGUCACCCAGCUCAACAAGCCUCACAGGGUCACUUUAUUGGAGGGUUUGGGGAUUUUUCUCUGCACUCUUUAUCAGUAAAGGUACACUAAGUGUCA